AUGGCUAAGAACAACUCUAAGCAAACGUCUUCGCAGAUGAAGCCUUACUCACCACUUCCUGCAUCUGGCGGACAAUCUUCCGCAGGUAUAAGAACGUCCACGCGCCUGAACAAAACACAAAAGCCUCGCCUCAAUCCUCCUCAUCAAACUCCAUCUACUCUUCCUCAAGAAGUUGAUCCUUCAAAAUCCGAACCAACAACCAAAGCUUCGAAGAGAAAAUCACCGCCGUCAACAAUUUCUUGGGGUAGUCCUGACGAAGGAGUGGACGAAGGUGACGAAGAUUUUGACGAGGAACAAUUCCAGGCUGGAGGAGCGUGUCAACGAGCCUCAAACUCAUCGCAGAGCCAAGAAGAUAAAGAAGAGAAAUCUAAAAAGGUGAAGAAGGCUAGAAAGUCCAAGCAGUCCAGUGCAGGAUCGAAAAUAUUUCCAGAAGACAUUGAGCCAGAGACACCUGGCUUGACUGCAGCAACAGCAAGAGACGUUGCUACCGACCCCAUUCCAGAGCUGGUCAUCGAUUCAUCUGGAAAGAAGCGCAAGCGAAGUGACGAUGAGAUGUCUAACAUUCCAUCUCAGAAACGAUUAAAGCCAACUGAGAGUGUUGAUUUAGCAGAGGGCGCCACUGCCCAACAGCCCACGACUGACACCAGAAUCUCUGUCAAGGCCAGCAAGAAAAGUGUUGAAAUUGAACAGGUGGUAGAGGAAGAACCCAAGUUGCAAUCUUCUCUUACCACAACCGCUCCGCAGGUGGGCAAAAGAAAGGUUGUGGACAUCGACGAUGAGGACUUGGUCGCUACCGCGCAGCGACCUGUGAAAAAGCCUCGCUCAAAGCCUGCUGCUUCUCUAGACGAGACCGUUGAUAAGGAUGGGCCUUCUAAACCUGCACUGCCCAAGCUUCAGCCCAAGAGCAGUACGAAGCAUGACAAGAAAGUGAGCAGAUCAGUCUCUGACCUCAAACGAUCCAGAGCCAUGCCCAAGACGAGAACGUCGGCGUAUAAUACCAAAAAGAAGGUCGUCCCAGAUACCUUGCUGGCCGACCUCGAGGCUGGAGAGAGCCCAGCGGUCCCCAAUGACGAAGACGUCUUCGGUGACCCAAUCUUUCUGGCAGAAGACGCUGUUACCAGAGUUCGAGCUGAGACUGAAUCUAGUUCAAGACGUUCAUCUCUCACCUCUGACUCUCUUCGACCACAAGGCGAGAACAGAUCCGCCCGUCGAGAAAUCGAAAUCUUCAAGGACAAGAACAAUUCCUUGACAAAAGCCUUGAAGUCCUGUGGAUAUAAUCCCGAAAAGCUCAACAAGGACUUCGUAAAGUCUCAGGGCGAACAGCCAACUUUUACAGCUGGGAAAGAGAAGAUCGACAGAACCAAGCGCGAGUAUCUGCCUUUGCCAAAGAAGGUCGGAGUAUUCGACAACUUGAUGAAUCAGCCGAGCAAGUCUCAUGCAGACAAGAAGCCUCCGCCACCAAAAGACUACAAAAAGGACUACAAGGGCAGGGGUAAGGAGAACAUACCUCCGCAUGAGUGA